GGAGAUUUAAGCAAGAGCUGGGGGAGAUCGGGGGACUUGGGACGGACGAGGAAAUCCAGAGCUUGGGCCCAGGCGGAGAGGGGCGGGAAGCGCAGCAGGGCACCUGGAAGAAGCCAGACACUCAUCUCCUCAUGCUGCUGACACAGCCAGGAUGGCUUUGACAUCAGGGUCACCUCCAGGAAUUGGACCUUACUAUGAGAACCAUGGGUAUCAGUCUGAACAUUUCUACCCGCCGAGGCCACCUGUGGCUCCCAAUGGCCACAACCUGUAUCCAGUCCAGUACUACCCGUCUCCCGUGCCCCAGUAUGCCCCGAGGGUUACAACACAGGCCUCAGCACCUGUCAUCCAUACACAGCGCAGGUCCUCAGGGACACCGUGCACCUCAAACUCAAAAACCAAGAAGUCGCUGUGUGUUGCCCUUGCCCUGGGCACUGUCCUUGUGGGUGCUGCUGUAGCUGUUGUUUUGCUUUGGAGGUUCUUUCCAGAGGAUAGCAAGUGCUCUACAUCUGAGAUGGAGUGUGGGUCUUCGGGUACCUGCAUCAGCUCUUCUCUCUGGUGCGACGGGAUCUCACACUGCCCCAAUGAGGAAGAUGAGAACCGGUGUGGUGAGUUUGUUCGUCUCUAUGGACCAAGCUUCACCCUCCAGGUUUACUCAUCUCAGAGGAAAGCCUGGUAUCCCGUGUGCCAGGAUGACUGGAAUGAGAGCUACGGGAGAGCAGCCUGUAAAGAAAUGGGCUACAAGGACAAUUUUUAUCGUAGUGAAGGAAUACAAGACAUCUUCGGGACAAGAAGCUUUAUGAAGCUGAACAUAAGCGCGGGCAACAUCGACCUUUAUAAAAAGCUCUACUACAGUGAUUCCUGUUCAUCCCGCAUGGUGGUUUCCUUGCAAUGUAUACAGUGUGGGGUCCGCUCAGUGAGUCGCCAGAGCAGGAUUGUGGGUGGAUCGAAUGCCUCACCAGGAGACUGGCCCUGGCAGGUCAGCCUGCACGUCCAAGACACCCAUGUCUGUGGAGGCUCCAUCAUCACCCCUGACUGGAUUGUGACAGCCGCUCACUGUGUGGAAGAACCCCUCAACAAACCGAGGUACUGGACGGCGUUCGCGGGGAUUUUGAAUCAGUUUAACAUGUACUACGAAAAAAGACACCUGGUAGCAAAAGUGAUUUCCCAUCCAAAUUACGACUCCAAGACCAAGAAUAACGACAUCGCUCUCAUGAAACUGCAGACGCCUCUGACUUUUAAUGAUGUAGUGAAGCCAGUGUGUCUACCGAACCCAGGCAUGAUGCUGGAUCCAGCCCAGGAGUGCUGGAUUUCAGGGUGGGGGGCCACCUAUGAGAAAGGGAAGACCUCAGACGUGCUGAAUGCUGCCAAGGUAUUCCUGAUCGAGUCCUCCAAAUGUAACAAUAAAUACAUAUACAACAACCUUAUCACACCAGCCAUGUUCUGUGCCGGCUUCCUGAAUGGCACUGUGGACUCUUGCCAGGGAGACAGCGGAGGGCCGCUGGUUACUUUGAAGAAUGACAUCUGGUGGCUGAUUGGGGACACGAGCUGGGGCUCUGGCUGUGCCAAGGAGUUAAGACCUGGAGUGUACGGGAAUGUGACAGUAUUUACAGACUGGAUCUACCAGCAAAUGAAGGCGAACAGCUAAUCCACCCACGUGGCCUUUGUCCCUGACUUCUUUUGUCUUCGACACCCUUCCGCAAGAAAACCCAGGGGCUGAUUUUUAACUCCUGUGUACAAUGUACCUUUUGAGAUGAUUCAAAGGGCCUUUCACUUUAUUAAACAGUGACUUGUCUGACUGUGCUCCCUGGUCCUGUGCGGGAUCCAGUGCCCCACCCCAGGUCACUUCUGUGGCUCCUAACCAGAAGGGAUCCUGCCGGGCUUGGGCACAAAGGGCCAGAUGCCAAGGAGGGUGGCACCGUCAUGCUAGGCCUCCUUUUUGGUUUAUUCUCAGACCUCUUUUGGAUGAGCAAGGAUUGUGAUCUCUGAGCAGCCUGAUGGCCUGAGAAAGAGUAGGGAGGCCUUGGGCCCUGGGACAGACACCUUAAAAGAGAACUAACUACCUGUAGCCUGUGGCCUGGCUCUGCUGUGCAGUUUGGGCUGGUCGUACUAUAAUGAUUUCAUUAGCAGCCAGAGUGAACACAGCUUGGAACAAAUGGCUUGCACUCCUGCAUGUUGACAUGACAGCCACUUCCAAGGGUGAUGUAGCCUUUGCCAGGCCGAGAGCCUUCAGAGCAAAAAGCUAAUGUCACCAUGUUCCCCUUGGGUGAGCCCCAGAUGGUGUAGUUCAGUCUGGUUCUCGGCUCUCCACCACUGUUUUCUCAGCCUCUCAGAGCCUUGGACACAGGCAAGGCCUGGUACCUGAUGGAGCCCGUAUAGUUCACCUAGACACCCGGAGGAUGAGGUUCAUCAAAGUCAGGGACACAUGAUUCCACUCACCUUGCUUCUGGGUCAUGUCUCUCCUCUUACUACCUCGCUGCUCCUGGAACACUAGCCCAGACAGAUGGCUAGAGUUAACCUCCAUUUGAACUGUGUGAUUGUGCCUCAGACCUCUUCCAGAUGGUGAGGUUGUUCUGUAGAAUGGGGAUGGGACUGGAAGUCCUUAGUGUGGGACAAAGAUGAAAAAAAGAAGUCAUUGUCCUGUGUUCUCUUCUGUUCCUGGGUUUUCACCAGGAAGACCAUCCCAGAAUUAUCAAGUAUGAAGUAUUAGUGUCUUACCUCUGGAGAGGCUCUGCCUCCUUUCCUCUGCCCAGUUAUCCAGAAGGCAGUGGAUGGGUCACAACUGGGACUCCAUCUUUUCUGUGAAGGGACUCCUAUCCAGGGGAGGGCCAUCUACUCCAUGAUGGUUCCUCUUGGAGCAACACCCAGGGACUUUCUGGAUGCAAUGCCAUACUAAAUGUGUAAGCACCUUGAAGUGUGAGAACAUGUCCCCUCCUCAGCUCUCCCUCUCUGUGCUCUUGGUUGAUUGUUUCCUGCUUUAUGUCUGUUCUGAGUUUCCACUGUGAAAUAUAUAAAUAAAGUUUAUAAUUUUUUCCAUUA